AUGUCUGUUCCCCAUCAUCUUUGGGGGUAUACUGUUUUAUCUGCUGCAUAUUUGAUUAAUCGUACUCCUAGCCGGGUUCUUGAUUUCAAGACUCCACAUGAUGUGUUUGAUAACCAUGUUUCCCUUGUCUUAGUCUCCAAGUUGCCUCAUAAAGGGGAGAGGGGGAGCGAAUUGGAGAGUCUUGGAUUGGAGAAUGAUGUGUUUGAAGAUAAUGCUUUCAGGAAGGAAACGACUUGUCGCACUGAAGCAAGUGAUCGGUCGCCCAUAUAUGAAGAUGAAACUUGUGGUCCCUGUGAAGAAAUGACUUAUCACCCUUUGGACCUCGACCAGUCGCCCAUAUCUGGAGAAGAAGCAGGUGCUCUCGGUGUUGAAACGACCGGUCACACUGAAGCAAGUGACCAGUCGCCUGUAUCUGAAAAUAAUUAUAGUGAUUCUUGUAUGGAUGAGUUUGAUGCAAUACCCCCCUCUGCCCUGCCAGUGCCCCAAUCUUCUCGUGAUAGUGAAUCAAGUGAAUUACCCCCACGAACCACUCGUGGGAAACCUAAAGUACAAUAUUCUCCUGAUAUACAUGCCAAUGUAUGUGUGCCAACUAAGCUGCAGGAUGCUUUAUCUAACCCCAAAUGGAUGGAUGCCAUAAAUGUUGAAAUGGAUGCCUUGAACAAGAAUAAAACAUGGGAUUUAGUUCCUUUGUCACGAGGGAAGAAAGCUGUUGGAUGCAGAUGGGUGUUUACUUUGAAGCAUAAAGCUAAUGGUUUCAUUAACGGUUACAAGGCUAGAUUGGUAGCAAAAGGUUAUACUCAGACCUAUGGAGUUGAUUAUUUGGAGACCUUUGCUCUAGUAGUAAAGCUCAAUACUGUGCAUAUACUAUUUUCCCUGGCUUCUAACCACGACCGGCCCUUAUUACAAUUCGAUGUCAAAAAUGCAUUUCUACAUGGUGACCUCAAUGAGGAGAUUUACAUGGAUCUCCCUCCUGGUAUUCCUGUAACCUCAAAUGAGGGUGUUGUGUGUAAGCUGCGGAAGUCUUUAUAUGGAUUGAAGCAGUCUCCAAGAGCGUGGUUUGGGAGAUUUGCAGCAUUUAUGAAGAAAUUUGGGUAUGUACAGAGUAACUCAGACCAUACUUUGUUUCUAAAGCGUCAUAAAGGUAAAUUGACAGCUUUAAUUAUUUAUGUUGAUGAUAUGAUUGUGGCUGGAGAUGAUCAGGCAGAAAUGCAAAAUUUUCAGAAGUAUCUAGCUUCCGAGUUUGAGAUGAAGUCAUUGGGUGAUUUGAAAUACUUUCUUGGGAUUGAAGUUGCCAGAUCUAAACAUGAGACUGGAAUGUUAGAUUGUAAACCAAUUGAUACCCCUAGUGAACAGAAUCAUAAGUUAGGGUUGUAUCCUGAUCAAGUCCCUACAAAUAAAGAGCUGAGUGUAGUAAGUCAGUUUAUGCAUUCUCCUAGUGAAGAUCAUAUGGGUGCUGUGAUGCGCAUAUUGAGGUAUCUGAAAGUAACUCCUGGAAAGAGGUUAAUGUUUUGUAAGAAUGGUCAUACAGAUGUGGAAGGGUAUACGGAUGUUGAUUGGGCUGGUUCAGUCACUAAUAGACGUUCUAUGUCUGGGUAUUUCACAUUUGUUGGUGGUAAUCUUGUUACUUGGAGGAGUAAAAAGCAAAAAGUGGUGUCUAGGUCUAGUGCCGAGUACCGUGGGAUGGCUCAAGGUGUGUGUGAGUUACUAUGGUUGAGAAGAUUGUUGAGAGAUCUUGGGUUUGGACCCCAGAAACCCAUGGAUUUAUAUUGUGAUAAUAAAGCUGCAAUUGCAAUUGCGCAUAAUCCUAUGCAACAUGAUCGUACAAAGCACGUGGAGGUUGAUCGACAUUUUGUUAAAGAAAAGUUGGAUGCUGAAAUUAUUUCUUUUCCAUUUAUAUCAUCCGAGUAUCAACUGGCAAAUGUUCUUACGAAAGCUGUGUCUACUACAGUUUUUCUCAACUCGCUUGACAAGUUGGGCAUGCGUGACAUCUUUGCUCCAACUUGA